AUGCCGAUCUCCUCGCCACUGCCUCCUCCGGCUUCCUCGCCACUGUCACCGUGCCGCUGCCGAUUUCCUCCCCACCACCGCCGACUUCCAUGUGAGAGUUUGUACGAAGACGAGGAGUUUGUCCAGAGGCAGCUUUUAGCACUAGUUGCCCCUAAGGUGUUUUUCUACUUGGCCGAGCUAAAUGGUGCUCUGUCGUAUGUACUUGGUGCUGGACCCCUGUUUGAUGUUUCUGACAACUCUGAUUACGCUCAAACACUGUUAGCAAAAGCUUUGGAUGAACAUACUGCCAUCCAAUCAAGGGCCACUGGGGAAGAAAAAACGAUGUACAGUGGCUGCAGGCUAUUGUGGAAAGGUUGCUGGACAAGUAUGAUAGUUUCCUCAUGGUAUCGGAAGCUGCAGGCUAUUGUAGAAGCUAUCCAACAUACCGAUAGCUUAUUAGUUGCAGCACGGAUACGGAUACGCCGUAUCGGUAUCGGAAGGAUACGGAUACGCAGAUACGGCAAUUUUCUCAAAAAUCCGAUACGCGGAUACAUUUUACUAUUUUUUAAAUAA